UUGUAAACAACCACCUGUCAGCCGCAGGUGUGAAAUUGGAGUGUCUUCUUAUUACUUGCUACAUGAACUCAACGAGGAUAUUUAUGAAGUUAUACAGUCGUCUGGUCUAAGACUUACUAUCCGAAGAUGUCUCUUGUGAAGCUUGAUGCUGACAAAAGUGAAGAAACAAAGGCAAUAAGUGUCAGCAAAAAACAUCACAAAAUUCCAGGUAGCGCAAAUCAACCUGUGAUAGACUAUGCCAACUUGGACUGGCUGAUGAGUCACCCUGGCUUAAGGGAUAGGAAAAACCCUGAGAGUAGUGAGGAAGCCCACCAGCACUUCAUGGAGAACUACAGAUGUAUGUUUGUUCAACCUAAAGCCAAGGGGGGUCUACCUGUGCAUACUGAGAUGAGAAGCACACAAAAGCUGAACUCUAAUUCAAGUUUAUCUACUGUUUCAGCAGGUGACAAAACUGACUCUGAGUUUGAGAGACCAGUGAAAAAGACCAACCCUGUGGAUGAGAUAUCCCAUGACAUAAGAGACCAUCUAUCUCUACUGCAUAAACAACGCAAGAGUGAAAAUGAGAGAAUUGUCAGAGCAGAGCAAAUCAAAACACUAAGGAAAAUACUAAGAAAACUAUCAUUUCAAAGAACAGCAGCUGAGAACAAUCAAAUAUAUAAAAUCCUGCGUACAUUCCGUCUCCUUAGCACCCAGGUGUCUGAUAAUGUCCUGAAGGAGCUUUGUGUAGUUGCAACCAUAGAUACUUGGAAGGAGCAGGACUUCACAGUGUUUGGCAACACAGGGUUCCAUCUUAUUUUACGUGGGUCCUGUGCACCCCAGGGCUUUCCCUGGGUCAGGAUGAUAGGGGACCCUGAAGAAGAUUUCAUCUCACCCUCUGCCACACCUGACCCACAGACUGAAGGACUACCUAAGCUAGGUGUAGGGGACUGCUUUGGCACAUUGGUGAAGAUAGAGGGAAGGGAUCCCAAUAGUAGAAUACUAACUGUUCAAACAUUGGAGGAAAACUGUGAAUUCCUGAAAAUCUCAACCUCUGAUUAUCAACGAGUUAUUGAGCAAAUCAAGCAACGUGGCCAGACAGAAAAGGUUAAUCUCUUACUCUCUUGUGAGAACUACAAAAUGUGGCCACGACAGCCCUUGGUGAAGGUGGCCAACUUGGUGAGAUGGCAGGACUUCCCAGCAAAUACAGUUUUGGUUAGCGAGGGAUAUGUUUCACCAUUUAUCGCCAUUGUGAAAUCAGGUGAAUGCCACGCCCUUCAGCAAGUUGAGGUCAUGCACACAUUACCUAAUGGCAGUAAAGAAAGAAAGUUGAAACAAGUUGUGAUGGGAAAAUUACACGAAUCUCAAAGUUUUGGUGAAAUCAGUGUGUUAACAUCUGACCCAAUGAAAUGCACAAUUGUAACUGGAACUAAUGUUGAAAUGGGGAUAAUAGAACCAGAACAGAUUAAAGAUUUGGAUGAUGUCACAAUCACUCUGAUGCAACAAUCAAGUACUCAAACAUUUGGAGAUCUCAAUACAGAAAAGGUUAAAGAAGAAUACGUAGAACAGGAAUUAAAACGAGAAUGGAAUGAAUUUAAACAUAACAUUGUGGUGGAAGUUGUGAACGCUAAAGGAAUAAGACCCGGAUAUGGAAAAUGGGCAAAACCUUGACAAAAACUAACUGAUAUGAAUUGAGGGAUACCAAUUGCUUUCCAAGAAUAAGUCUUCACUUUGAAAAAUACUUAUAAUUACUUAUUUAAUGGAGGAAUAUCCUUCUGUCCAAUGUGGAAGCAUUCACUAGUCUGACCAUUUUGGCUUCUGGUAUUAUAUUAUAGGAAGGACGAGGGUUCAAGUCUUACAUGAUGGGAGAACUUAUUUUUAUCAAUAAAAUCAUUUAUAGAUCAUUUACUCACUGAAUGUUUGAAGAAUGUAAUUUAUCAAUCAUAUUCCAAUAUUCUUUCUGGAUAAUAAUACAUUGAAAUUGAAGCAAUAUUUGCAGAAUUGUGCUACAGAUGCCUUGUAGCAUGACAUUUUAUAGAUAACUGGCAAAGUUUAUAAAUAUUAUAAACUAUUUUCUAUUGAAGUAUUUUGAAUUAUUUAUAUAAACAGCUGUACAUUGUACCAUAUGAGAUGUGCGUUUUUAUAAUUAAUAAACAUAUAUUAAACAGGCCAUGUGCCUGUUUUUGAAGCAAAAGGGACAAAAUAUUAUUUGAGACAUGUUACUCAAACACUCAAUCAAAUAUGAUAAAAACUUUA